CUCCCGGCUCCGCGGGGCGCGGGGCGGCGCAUGGGGAAGGAGCCCGGCGCGGCGAGGCACGGCGCCCGCCGCCGCUUCUCCCCGCGGAGCGCUGCCAGCUCUUCCUGGAAGUCGUGAGCGGCGCGCGGCGCGGUGAGUUCAUGCACCUCCUCGCCAAGCCUCAGCCCGCGGGAUCUGGGGAGGCUGCCGCCGGAGCACCGCCCGGUCCCCCGCGCCCGCUCGCCGCUGCCCGGGGGGCUCUCCCGGGGGCCUCCGCCGCCCCCUCGCACAUGAAGAUGUACGUGCAAAGGGCUCUGGUGCUGCUCUCGCUGCUGAGCUUCGCCACCGUGAGCCUCGCGCUGUCCUCCUGCACCACCUUGGACCUCGACCACAUCAAGAAGAAGCGGGUGGAAGCCAUUCGGGGGCAGAUCCUGAGCAAGCUGCGGCUCACCAGCCCCCCGGAGACCGUGGGGCCGGCUCAUGUGCCCUACCAGAUCCUGGCCCUCUACAACAGCACCCGGGAGCUGCUGGAGGAGAUGGAGGAGGAGAAGGAGGAGAGCUGCUCGCAGGACAACACCGAGUCCGAAUACUAUGCCAAAGAGAUCCAUAAAUUUGACAUGAUCCAGGGCCUCCCCGAGCACAAUGAGUUGGGCAUUUGCCCCAAAGGUGUCACCUCCAACGUGUUCCGCUUUAACGUGUCCUCGGCAGAGAAGAACAGCACCAACCUGUUCCGGGCCGAGUUCCGGGUGCUGCGUGUGCCCAACCCGAGCUCCAAACGCAGUGAGCAGCGCAUUGAGCUCUUCCAGAUCCUUCGGCCGGAUGAGCAUAUAGCAAAGCAGCGCUACCUCAGUGGCAGGAAUGUGCAGACACGGGGCUCCCCUGAGUGGCUGUCUUUCGAUGUCACCGAGACUGUGCGCGAGUGGCUCCUGCACAGAGAGUCCAACCUUGGCCUGGAAAUUAGCAUACACUGCCCUUGCCAUACUUUUCAGCCCAAUGGGGACAUCUUGGAGAAUUUGCACGAGGUCUUGGAGAUCAAAUUCAAAGGCAUUGACAAUGAGGAUGACUAUGGCCGUGGGGACUUAGGGCGCCUGAAGAAGCAGAAAGACUUGCAUAAUCCCCACCUCAUCUUGAUGAUGUUACCCCCGCAUCGCCUGGAGAGCCCAACGCUGGGGGGCCAGAGGAAGAAACGGGCCCUGGAUACCAACUACUGUUUCCGGAACCUGGAGGAGAACUGCUGCGUGCGUCCUCUUUACAUCGACUUCCGACAGGACCUGGGCUGGAAGUGGGUCCACGAGCCUAAAGGCUACUUUGCUAACUUUUGUUCGGGCCCUUGUCCGUACCUGCGCAGCGCAGACACCACUCACAGCACGGUGCUGGGCUUAUACAACACGCUGAACCCUGAGGCGUCUGCUUCGCCCUGCUGUGUCCCCCAGGACCUGGAGCCACUCACCAUCUUGUACUACGUCGGGAGGACCCCCAAAGUGGAGCAGCUCUCCAACAUGGUGGUGAAAUCCUGCAAGUGCAGCUGAAAGGCACCCUGGCCCGCCCAAAGCCAAGAGAGAAACUGUCAGCACCCACUCUCCUGCUCCCAGGCUAACACAAAAGGAACCGGGGGUCAGAGACUACGCAUGCAGAGGGCCGAGCACCAAACCCUGGGUCUUAGGGUCUGGCAGCCCUUGGGAAUCUCUUCUGGAACAUUUCUCAGUCCUGUUGGCAAUGUCGCCUUCCCUCUGGGAGCUACUUUGGUGUCACGAAGGCCACACUCUCCAAAAUGGCUGGACAGUUGGUGCAGAAGAGAAGGACAGAGUGGAGGAACUGCUGUGUAUUUGAAUGCUGGGGUAGUUGAACUGGGAAGGCAAGGAAUGAGAAAGAGCAGUUGAAAGGGGGAGUGGAAAUGGGGCAGCAUUUCCUUUUCUAGCUGUAGCUAUCUUGGGACCUCAGCCCUUCUCACUGGCCUGAAGAAUUAUUUUCUCCUGCAGGAGAAAAUCUUGGAAUUUUCUUCAGAGAAAGAAAAUGCACCAAGAAGGGAAGCUGCUCAGCGAAGAGAUGCUCAGAGAUACACACAGACUUUUGUUCCUCAGAGCUGUGAUCCAGGAGUCUUGCAAUUGUCGCUGUGCUUCUGCCAAACCUGUAAGAUCAGAUGGCAGAUCCUGGCUAUUGGUUUCUGAAUGCAAACUGCAGGGCUCCCAGUCAGCCUGCUGAGGGUGGGCAAAUACAAGCAAAGAGGGUGCUGAGUCCGUUUUUAGAAGGACUGAUGUCUCCAUUCAGCUCUUUUCCCUUCCUGGAAGUUUCUGAAUGAUGGUUUCUGGGUCAGGGCAAGAGCGAUGUCUGUGGGUACCUGAAUUUUGGGCCCAUUCGCUCAUGAGCUGAUACAUCCUGAGGAUCUUUUGUCUGUUGUGGUUUGUGAGGUGCUUUGGGGAGUUCUGCACCUGUUCUGCACAAUGAUCUCAAUGUGGCCCAGGCCUCACCUGCCAAGACUUAAAAAAAUAUUAAUCUCAAAAACAUUGUAAAAAAUAAAUAUUUUGGGGGGGAAA